GACCUUCGAACAUAGAACAGUAAACAUAAAUUGCUGUGAUCUUCUUUAAAUUCCGAAACAUCAUUAAUCAUAUUCAAAUGGCAGUACCAAACAGUGAUAUUUUAACAGCCUUACAACAGCAAAUGGCUGCACAACAAGCAAUGAUUGAGCAAAUCAUGCAAAAUCAAGAACUCCAGAAUCAACAACAGCAACAACAAAAUCAACAGGAACAAGACAUGGAAGCUGAAGACCCAUUUUUCAACACCCAACAACAAGUACAUUCUUUUGAGACACGACCCCAUUAUGAUUGGAAUCCUUCUCAAGAAUUAUCGCAACUAUUGGUCCAGGAAUGUCGGACAACCAACGUAAACAAUUGAUUGAAAGAUAUCCUGCCAUCCAAGGAGUCAAUUAUCAACCACCCGCUACCAUGCCGGAAGCAUAUGCCAGAAUGAGUUAUGAUCAAAAAAGGGAAGACAAAAUGCUCAAGCACCAUCAAUAUGUUAUUUCAGCAAUAUUCAGGCCUUUGGAUAUCUUGGCACAUGAGAUCAGCUCUGAAAUUGACAAUCCAAACGUUCACAGAUAUUUGCAAAUCAUCAAUGAUAUUAGACAUUUAGUUUUGCAUGCUAAUUACGAUUUGACAGACUCUAGAAAAAACAUUGCACUCAAGGCAAUCAAUCCAAACUUUAGAUUAUCUGCUGCAAACAAUACAGACUAUAUUAUGGCACAAGACGAGUUUCAUAACUUGAUAAAUAAUCAAUUCAGUACAGCAAAGGCCUUGCAAGCAGCUCAAAAGUUCAACAAGAAGUCUUUUUCUGGCAACCGUGUCGAAACACAGUCGUUGGUUCGGCGUUCCCAACUUCAGCCCAGCCAAACGGCCUCUGUUCAACACAAGCCCAAUUACAGCAACUACAACAACCACAAUUCAACAAAAUCAACGGCACCUCAGAAAUCAUUCAACAAACAACAGUACAGCAACAGCCGCUCUUACAACAAGAACAACAACAACAACCAGUAGGGGGCAGGCUAAGCCAGUACUAUUUAGAGUGGACCUGUCAUGAACCAAGCAAGCCUUGUUAACCUUAGCACGCUUGUCUCAGUGUUCCAACCUUUAGUUCCAAGCAUCAAGUUACCAGCAUCUAGUUACC